UCGCACGGUUAUGCGCAGUAGGCUGCUGUCAUCAGCAAGAGCUUCCUCCGAAAGGAAGAAAAAAAGCCGGCAAACAGCUAAGAAAUAUCGCCUUCACGCUAAGAUUUGCUGUAAUUAGGACCACCAUGGGAAACGCAUUGAAUACGAAUCCACCUGGGUUUCAACAUCCAGGAUCAGUAUCUAAUAAUCUGCUGAGGCCGCCUCCCCCACCCCCGACAAGACCCUUUGAGCGUAACAUCCAUCCAAGAACAGAACCAAGAGACCGGGAGAGACCACCUCCCCCUCCCCCUCCAAGAUUCUACGAUAAUGACAUCCCACCACCGCCCCCUCCUCGUCGGGGUUUCUAUGAUGACUACCCACCACCACCACCCCCUCCCCGAAGGGAUGAAAAAUCCUAUGACUAUGAUGAUAGCUGGGAUAGAGGACCUGGUAGACCACAUGAUGAUCGCUACGACUAUGGAAAGUUUGGUAGACCCAGAUAUGAUGAACGUUAUGACCUUGAAAGAUUUGAUAGGGGACCUGAUCUAAGAAAAGAGUGGGAUAUGGAUAGAGGAAGAGGUAGAGAAACAGAUAUUGACAGAGGUAGCAGGAUGGCUAGUGGUAGAGGUGUCAGAGGAAGGGGGGAUGAAAGGAGUCGUAGUAUGGAUUUAGGUAGAGGUGAAAGAGGUCGUGGUAUUGAUUUUGGUAGAGCCGACAGAGGUCGUGGUAUAAAUCUAGGUAGGUCUGACAGAGGUCGGGCUAUUGAUUUUAGUAGAUGUGAAAGAGGUCGUGGUAUGGAUUUUGGUAGAGGUAAAAGAGGUCCUGGUAUAAAUUUUGGUAGAGCUAAAAGAGGUUGUGGAAUGGGUACAGUUAACAAUGGCAGUGGUCAAAGUGGGAACAGAGGUCGAGGGCUAAAUAGAGGACCUGGCUCAAUGAAAGGACCAAACCAAAACAGAGGUCGGGGGCAAGGUCCCAACAGAGGUGGCACAGGAAGAGGGCGUGGUCCUGGACCAUACCCAUAUGGUGGUGGGUACAAGAAAGACACUUUGAGUAAGAAUAUUGGUAUACCAGCCAGGCUUAAUCAACCAAUUAAACCCUUCAACACACAAGCUACUCCAGGUGAAUCUCCAAACCCUGCACCAGCAACGGAGGGUACCAAAAUCAAUACAACUGUUACUUCAAAGCCCGCUUGGCUUACUCAGAAUCCCAAUACUACUACCACCACUACUAUAGCACCAGCAGCGGAGGGUACUAAAAGCAAUACAACUGUUACUUCAAAGCCCGCUUGGCUUACUCAGAAUUCCAAUACUACUACCACCACUACUAUAGCACCAGCACCGGAGGGUACUAAAAGCAAUACAACUGUUACUUCAAAGCCCGCUUGGCUUACUCAGAAUUCCAAUACUACUACUACUACUUCUACUAUAGCUACCCCUAAGACACCUGAUACUACAGCAGCAUCAAGUGCAGAUACAUCAUCGCCAAAUGCCCCAACUCCAAGUUUUGUGCAAUCAAAUUCUCAACCCAAGCCCAAACCAGCCUGGCUAACGCAAGCACCUACACAACAAACUUCUGGAUUGGUUGCUCCUAUAAAGCCCAAGUUGAUCAAUCAACCAAUCACUAAAGGAUGUGAAAACAUCAAAGUUCCUAUCCCAGGGGAUGACAAUUUCAUAUCCUUCAAAAACAGUUUGCAAGAGUUUGCCCAGAAGAAAGGAAUCCCUGUUCCCAGGUAUUUCUCCAAGAAGGCACAGAUUGGGAUGAUGUCCACAGUGGUGAUUUCAGAUCACAAGUUUCAUAGCACUGGUCUUCACAAAGAUAAGAAGCAAAGUGAACAGAAUGCCGCCUGGUUUGCGCUAAAAAAGCUAGGAAUCAUUCCAGUGGAAACAAUCUUCACUCCAUUGAGAGUAGCAGCCAAAAGACCUGCUAGCACUUUGCCUGAGACUGUCGCCAAAAAACUCAAAGGGGAGGAUCUUCCGAAAGCACCCUCCUAUAAGAGCCAACUAAAUGAGUUUUGCCAGAAGUUCCAUCUAGCUAUUCCUCAAUACAGAACCCAACGAGAAGCCAGAGGUUAUGUUUGCACUAUGCUCUAUAACAAAAAGGUCUACCAUUCUACCGUACCUCUUAAAAACAAGAAAGCAGCCGAGCAGAAUGUUGCCCAGUAUGUUUUGAGUACUGUCAACCAAGCCCCGCCCCCUACAGAUGUUAGUGGGAUGGAGGCGCUACAGAAAGUUGUGAAUGUCACAGCACAGAAAGAACCAGAUGGUACUACAACGGCCGUUGCCACUACAUCCACAGCCAUCCCCAUUGGGUCUGCUGAAGAGCUCCUGGAAGUAGAGGGGGGCCCAGUCAUCUCCUACAAGAAUCAACUCCAGGAGUACUGCGACAAGAACAAGAAAGGCGCACCCAUCUACGAUAGCAAGAAAGUGGAGUUACAAGUGGACGGUAAAUUUGUCUGUGAUUUGUUGGUCGAUGGAUUUACGUUUAGGGCCAAGGGAUGUCAGACUAAAAAGGGGUCGGAGCAGAGUGCUGCCCGUAUCGCAUUGCAGAGGUUUGGGGUGCUCAAGGAGUAGCUAGUAGAUCACUAAACGUUUUUAAUUUUAUAAAGGUUAUAAAUUUCAGGUUUAAUGAUAUUAAGAUAUUGCAGUACACUGCAGGGUUUUGUUUUUACAAUUGAUUGUACUCCUGGGUGGAUUUCUCAUUUAACGUUCGCCAUUUAGCUGUCUGACUUGACACCUUGAAAAAGUUGGAAAACAAUCCCUUUUUUAAACUAUGACUUAAACAAACAUCUAUACUACAGUGGCUGAAUCUAAACUUUCAAUAAGUACUUUACACUUGAACGUCAAAAUGUCAAAAUAAAACGUAUAAAUGAAAUCAUCUUGUUCCCCUAAGGCUGACUGAGAUAAUGCCAGUUUGUCGGUUUUUACGCCAAAUUAAAAACAAAUCCCUUGCUUACGAAGUGACACGGACGUUUUCCUGGAAUGUGGAUCGUAUGAGAUAUGGUAGAUAAUCUCCCAGCACGAGGAAAGAGCUCUACUUUUAUGACAGCUUUCAAUGUGUCUUCUUGGAUUUCCUUGAGUCAAACCUGUUUGGCCUGGUUACGAAGAGUCAAGUCAGACUGUCGAAUGGCGAAGGACGAAUGAAAAGAAAAAUACAAACAUUGUGCACACCAGUGAAACCGUUUGUAACGAAGAUUAGCAAUUCUGGAAUGUUCGAGUGGUAGCUUUGUACCCUAAAAUGAAGUCGCUAGUGAAUCGGAAUACCAUAUACACCUAUUUGAUAACAUUGAACUAAUGUGGUAUGUACUCAUAGUCCCAGACCUUUCAUACUCAUUGACGCUCAAAUCUCACCAUCUGGCCCAUUUAGGCCCUCGUCCACAUGUAUCCGGAAAUUUCUAAAAACGCAAUUUUCUUUACGAGUCCGGCUCUCGUCCACACGUAUCCAGCGUAAUUUUCGGUCGUAUCCGGAAAAUUUUAAAUACGCUUACGUCAUUCUGUUGGAUACGGCCGGAAAUUGCGCUGGAUACGCGUGGACGAGAGCCGGAUUCGUAAAAAAAUAGCGUUUUCAUAAAUUUCUGGAUACGCAUAGACGGCUGAAAUCGAUUCGAAUACGCUGCGUGUAGCCGCGGAAAUUUUCGGGAAAAAAUUGCGGAUACGUGUGGACAUAGCCUUAAAGUAUCGUACAUGGCACACGUUCGAUAUUAUUAAAAAUAAGGUGUAUUAAAGCUGCACACUAACGACAUACCAACACAACAACCUAAGCGCAUUACGUCUUACCUAGAAAGUUUUGUGACAAAAGAAAUCAAUAUUUUUUGUACUUUUGAAUACACUGGGUUCCAGAGCGAAAAUAGAAUGGUUGGCAAGAGGUGAGAGGUCAUGCGGGGACAGUCUCUGGCACCCAGUGUAGUGUGUUGAAGUAUGUUGGAAGAUAAGACCACUUUUCAAGCGCGCUUAUGUUGUCAUGUCAUUAUUGUGCCCCAAACAAACAAAUAAACAAAACAACACAGUUUGAAAAGUAUUCCGUGUUUUACAAAACGUUAAGAAACAAAAGGACAUUUUGCCGACUACUCCAGAGCCGUUGUUAGCAUACAAUGGCAUCAAUAACUGUGCAAAAGAAAAUCGAUGAAAAUGUUAAAUAAAUUAUAUCAAAUGUUUGAUA